AUGUACGAUUUUUGCCUCACUCUUCCCUAUGGCGGCGCCAUCGCCCUUGGCGGCCUCGUCGGCUACGUCAACUCGGGCAGCGUCAUCUCGCUCACGGCGGGCUUGGGCGCCGGCUCGCUCCUCCUCCUCUUUGGCACGGCCAGCUACCAGGAAUACCAGCAGAGCCCGAAGAUCUCGAAGCUCUGGUCGGGCCUCUCGCUCGGUGUCUCGUCGGUCUUGACGGUCGUCAUGGGCCUCCGCUACAAGGAGACGAACAGCCUCUUCCCGGCGGGUGUCGUCGCCGGUACGUCCGCAGCCAUGUCGGCCUUCUACCUGUACAAGCUCGCGAGCAACGACAAGGCCAGCUACAACAAGAAGAAGUAA